GUUGACACUGACCCGUCUGGACGUGGACCAGAACAACAUCGUGGUCCGGUUCCUGACGGGUUCAGGUCUUCAGUUUGAAUUCAGGGACCUGAGCUUCACUGCAUCCUACUCCCGAGACCCUGCCCGGCCCUUGGCGGAAGUAACAGGAAAAAAGGUCCACAUCACCAUCGGAGUGAGACUGAUCCAACACGAAGGACAUCUGGGACUCGAGCUGCUGCCUGGAGACUCGGGAUGUCAGAUCCAGGCGGACCGCCUCCGGGUGGACACCAACGGAUUAGUGGGGUUGGCGCUGAGCGCUGCUCAGUUGAAACAACAAAUCAAGGAUUGGUUCAUCUCUAAGCUCUGUCCUGUUAUAAGGAAGUUUGGUGUCCCUCGUGUAAACACCUUCUUGAGUGGCGUUGCCAUGGAGACAACGUUGAUCAAAGACGAAAACAUCAACCUCCACUACGCUCUGAGCGGAGACGUCACGGUGACGUCCAACAGCCUCGACGUCCCUUUCACAGGGGUGAUUCUCUAUGACCACACCAUGAAGGAUCCCGAAAUCCCUGCUUUACCAACUACAGGGGUGGUGCCGGUGUUAACCGAGAGUGACCAGAUGGCGUACGUGGGCGUCUCUGUAGACCUGUUCAAAACCGCCGGCUGGGCGCUCUACAACCACGGCCCUUUUCAACUGGACAGUUUGGAGGGUCCUCUCCUAGUGAAGCUCACUAAGGAGCCAGACAUCACCCUCAACGUGGGGGGGUUAUCCAUCAAGGUGGAGUUCACCGCCCAGUCUCUGGUCCAGCCACCACCCCCCCCCCUCCCCAG